UGGAGUUGCAAAAUGUUCAACUCCAAACGAUGUUGGAGGUUGACUGUCGACUGCCACUUGCCUCUGCUCCCGCUUCCAUUAUGCGCUCAGCAUUACAAAGACUGGCUCAACCAAUCCUCCUCAGCGAUGCCAAUACCGCCCUAUACGCCGCCAAAGACACUCUGCUGCCCCCAGUACCGUUGUAUCGAAACUUGUUGCGCAUCCAUCGUAGGUUGCCGAUAGAGAUGCGUUCGUUGGGAGACGAUUAUGUAAAGUCCGAGUUUAAACGGCACAAGACGGCGGAUAAUCCUGUCCAUAUCAUGGGAUUUCUCGUCGAAUGGAACCGCUAUCUCGACCAGCUAGACGUGCAGCUCGGUGCUCCGGGGACCUUUAGAGGGAGGAAAAUGGACGAUACCAUGUUUGAAAAGUUGUACGAACUCAUGCACGCUUCCAAAGAUGUUUGGAAACCAGUGGAAAAAGAUGCAAAAAAGGAUUAG